GAUUGUGAGACGAUCUUGUCCGGGCGCAGGCAUGUGUGGAGAGAGCCGGAACGUGGGAGAAAUGGCGUCUUCGGCGUUUAGCGCAUCGCAGCUCGCGCCGCGAACGUGGAUAAUAUUUAUGCUUCAUCGUCACAUCCGGCUCCCCACCGUCACCAACACUGCCUACGCUCUCUUCAUUCUCUCGAUCAAGCUGUUGCCAUCAACCUCUGUACCGUCAUCUAUACCUACCAAUUUGUAAUCACCAUCUUCUCUACCUCAAAGCUAUUGCAACUGCCGACCUCGGCUCGUACCAGCCUCACCUCAUCCAUCUCACAAUGAACGCAACCAAGGUCCUCCAGGCUGGCCGCCAGCCCAUGAUCCGCUUCCUUGGCAAGCGUACC